AUGAACGUGGAGAGUGAUACUACUGCUCCUGCAAUGAACAAUGGAGGAGUUGGACAAUACCCUGAAGAAGAUGAAGAGAUCGCAGCGUACGACAAGAUCAAGCACCUCCCUUACCUCCGCGCUUGCCUCGACGAGAGCCUACGCCUCCUCCCACCCUCGACCUUUGGCCUGUCUCGUCGCACGCCGCCGGAGGGAGCGCCGGUAGCAGGCGAUUUUUUUGCCGGAAACACCUCAGUGUCCAUGUCCUCGUACGUGGCGCACCGGGUCAAGACUAUUUUUCCAGACCCGGAACAGUACAAGCCCGAGAGAUGGUUGGGUCAAGCAGGCAAGGAGCUGCAGCCAUACUUUAUUGCCCUCUCUGCCGGGGCCAGGGGAUGA